AUGUAUGAACUUCGACUUGAAAAAGAAAUAGGAAAGGAGAUAGUGAAAAAGUGUGGCUGCAUUCCGUUAGCAAUCAAGGCCAUAGCAGAGGACCACGAAAUAAACACUGAGCAGUUGGUUCGCUCUUUGCUGGUGGGGGUUGGCCAUGGUAAAGUCUCUCAGGUUUUGGACCUCUCGCAUAUUAAGCUGGACAAAAUUACUAUAAGGGAUCUAUGGCAUUGGAUCACUUCCCAGAAACACCUAGCUUACUUAAACCUUCGCAAUGUUACAAAAUUGGUUGAACUGCCAGACUCGAUUGGAAAGAUAUGGGGCCUCCAUAUUUUGAUCCUUGGUGAAUGCAAGAACCUAAAAAAGUUGUCUGCAUUGAUAACAAGUAUUCCAAAAUUAACGGUUUUGGAUAUGGGGAAUUGUCCAUUACUCCAGUGCCUGCCCCAGGGACUUUUAAGACUUUCCAAUCUUCAAGAGCUGUAUGGUUUCAAAAUAACUAGUUUGACAGAUGUAGAAGGUUGUCAUCUUGGUGAGCCUAGGGGUCUGUCCAGCCUUCUGGUGAUGCAAAUGGAGAUAAAAGAAGAAAUCCACUAG